AUGUAUAUAGCAAAGGAUAUGGUGCCAAUAUAUACGGUGGAAAAGCCGGGGUUCAUUAACAUGAUCAAAGUUUUGGACCCCAGGUAUGUGCUACCUAGCCGAAAGUUCUUCUCCGACGUUGCCUUGCCCAAUUUAUACAAUAGCACAAGACAACGGGUCGCAAAAGAGUUACAAGAAGAAGUGUCCUUUUACUCCGCCACCACCGAUUUGUGGUCAAGUCGGACGAUGCAACCCUAUAUGAGUCUCACAGUGCACUUUGUCAACAACGACUGGACUCUGCGGAGCGUCUGCCUUCAAACAGCAUACUUCCCAGAGGAUCACACGGGUGAAAUUGUAGCCCAGGGGCUAAGAGAUGCCCUCAACUCAUGGAACCUUGCCGAAGACCGACUCAUUUGUAUGACUACUGACAGCGGCAGCAACAUGAUUAAAGCUCUGAAGGACAAUGCGUGGCCUAACCUGCAGUGCUUUGGACACAGAUUGCACAAUGCUAUCGAGAAUGGUGUGAAGGAGGACCCACGGAUCAAUCGUGCUAUUGGGGUAUGUAAAAAGGCUGUGUCUGCCUUUUCUUACAGCUGGAAAAGAAGAAAAGACAUGAGCGAAGUACAGGCAGAGCUUGGUCUACCCACUCAUCAGCUGAUAACCGAGUCCCCGACCAGAUGGGGUUCACGCCAAAGAAUGAUAGAGAGAUUUCUCGAACAGGAGAAGGCUCUAGUCCGUGUCCUGGGUUCGGACAAGAGAAGUCGCCAUCUUGUGCCCACUUGGCAAGAUUUGGAUGUGUUGGAGUCGAUAAAUAAAGCUGUGAAACCACUCCAAGAAUUCACUGAUGCACUCUCUGGGGAGUCCUAUGUCAGUGUUUCAUACAUUAAACCAGUGCUCCAUCUUUUCAAAACCAGUCUCCUAGAGCCAGGGGAGGAAGACACAGAGCUCACCAAAACAAUAAAAGGGAACAUAAUGCGGUACCUUGACGACAAAUACAGUGACCCUGUAAAAGAUGAGCUCUUGGACAUGGCCUCACUGGUUGACCCAAGAUUCCGCACAACCUACAUUGACCCAGACAAGGUGGAAGAAGUCAAAAAAAGAGUUGUUGCUGAGCUGAUGGCUCUACCUGCUCCUGCCAACAACAGUACACCACAGCAGCCUGGCACAGCUGUGCAGGUGCGCCAAGAAGAUGCACAGCCUCCACCCAAGAAAAAGAUGACUUUAGCGGCCUUCUUCAAACAGAAUGCAGUGUCAUCUCCCAACCAGUCAGAGGCAGAAAAGAUAGAGACUGAGCUGAAAUCUUACCUAUUGACCCCUGAAGUGGACCCAGACACCAAUCCUCUUGAGUGGUGGAAGCGCCACCAACCAAAUUUUCCUAGGCUAAGUGUCCUGGCAAAAAGAUACCUCUCAAUCCCAGCAACAAGUGCACCCUCAGAGAGGGUUUUCAGUGUGGGGGGGGGCAUUGUUACAUGCCACCGGGCAUGUCUAAAGCCAGAGGUGGUAGAUAGGCUUGUCUUCCUGGCUAAGAAUGUUUAG